AUGUAAAUGUAAUCCUGAUUUUGCGCUCUAAUCCAUACAAAGAAGAAACUAACUAAUCUAAAUACUUCCAAACGUAAAACCAAAACUGCAAAUAAUAGCAUUCUCUUCUCUCAUUCCACGCUAUUUUUCUUAAUCUAUUUUCGCAUGUAAGAUAGGAUUCUCUCAACUAACACUGCUUCCCUACCUUCCCAGCUCUCGUUCUAUAUAUUUUCUUCUUCUUUUCAAACCUAUCCUUCAUCAAUUUGUUUUUUUCUUUCUAAAGAUCUGUGGUCGUUUGGUUCUUUUUACAUGGCUCUUUGGACUAGAAAAUCAAUCAAUGCUGUCAGCCAUUUGGUUUCAAAGCUGGGUUUUUUGGGCGUGAUCAACCGGAGUUCCUGGUCUCAUUCUUUCCAUCAAAGACAUCCUAUUUCAGAUGCAUGUGCUCCAAAUCUUAAAAACCCAGUUGUAGAUAUUGUCAAUACGCCAACACAUUUCGCUUUUUCUCGUUUUGAGUCCACCAAAGCUGAGAAACAGUCGGAUUCUUUUCAUAAUUUUGAUGCCAAUCGACAGGUCUUGGAUUUUCCAGGAGGAGAAGUCGCAUUCUCUCCUGAAUUGAAAUUCAUUUCUGAAUCCCCUGAGGGGAGAGUACACUGCUAUAGGGUCCUUGAUAACAAAGGACAGAUUAUUUCAGGCAGCACCUAUGCACAGGUGAAUAAAGAAGUAGCUCUAAAAAUGUACAGUGAAAUGGUCACACUUCAAGUGAUGGAUACUAUAUUCUAUGAAGCACAAAGACAAGGGAGAAUUUCUUUUUAUCUAACCACAAUUGGAGAAGAAGCAAUCAACAUUGCAUCUGCAGCAGCAUUAACUCCUGAAGACCUUAUUUUUCCUCAGUAUCGGGAACCAGGAGUGCUAUUAUGGCGUGGUUUCACCCUGCAAGAAUUUGCGAAUCAGUGUUUUGGUAACAAAGCUGAUUAUGGGAAAGGCAGGCAAAUGCCUAUACACUACGGAUCUAACAAGCUCAAUUACUUCACCGUGUCAUCAACAAUUGCUACACAAAUUCCUCACGCUGUUGGUGCGGCAUAUUCAUUAAAGAUGGACAAAAAAGAUGCCUGUGCAGUAACUUAUUUUGGCGAUGGCGGGACUAGUGAGGGUGACUUUCAUGCGGCUUUAAACUUUGCGGCAGUUAGGGAGGCACCAGUUGUAUUCAUCUGUCGGAACAAUGGUUGGGCUAUAAGUACACCAACAGAAGAUCAGUUUCGAAGUGAUGGUAUAGUUGUUAAAGGUCAGGCAUAUGGAAUACGAAGUAUUCGAGUAGAUGGUAAUGAUGCGCUUGCAAUGUACAGUGCUGUUCAUGCUGCACGUAGCAUGGCAAUUCGUGAACACAGACCAGUCUUAAUUGAGGCACUAACCUAUCGAGUGGGACACCACUCAACAUCUGACGAUUCAACCAAGUACCGAUCGGCUGAAGAGAUUGAAUGGUGGAGAAUGGCACGCGACCCUGUUACUCGGUUUAGACAGUGGAUCGAAAGUUAUGGUUGGUGGAAUGCUGAGGCUGAAUCAGAGCAUAGAUACAGCAUGAGAAAACAGAUGUUACAAGCGAUUCAAGUGGCUGAGAAAGUGGAGAAACCAGGAGUUGCAGACCUUUUUACAGAUGUAUAUGAUGUUCCACCGUCCAACCUUGUUGAGCAAGAGAAAUUGCUGAGGGAAACUGUCAAAAGACAUUCACAGGAAUACCCAUCAGAUGUUCCUAUCUAGUUUCAUACAAUCAUACUUUUACUCUCACACCACUAAUGCCAUGUCCUCGCCAAAAAAAAAUGCGAAUGUAAAUAGCGAUUUUAGCAUUGGAUUAAUGGAUUUGAAUUAAAGUGUGUACUGUAUAAAGUUCAAAGAAAGGGACUGGGGUCAACCCUUGUGGUACAGUAACCUAUUAGAUUAUAAAUAUCCUCCGUUCUGCCACACA